ACUUCCUUCCUCUGAAAUGCGAUGCUUGUGGGAAAGUCUUCUGCAAAGAUCACAUCCGAUAUGAUGACCACAAGUGUAGCUCUGCCUACAAGAAAAGUGUGCAGGUUCCAGUGUGUCCGCUCUGUAAUGCACCAAUCCCUGUACAGAGGGGGGAAAUACCAGAUGUCGUGGUUGGAGCCCACAUGGAUAAGAACUGCAAAUACAAUCCAGCACAGCAAAAGCAGAGGAUCUUCACAAACAAGUGCUUAAAGCCAGGCUGCAAAAGGAAAGAGAUGAUGAAGGUAGUUUGUGAACAGUGUGGUGGCAACUUCUGCAUAAAACAUCGGCAUCCUCUGGAUCACGACUGUAAAGGGAGCAGCCAUCGCACCUCCAAGGCAGGAUAUGCAGCUCUGAUGAGAGACUCUCAAACUGCCUUCAAGUCAACGGGAGCAAUUGGAGUGCCAUCUAAUGGGAGUCUUCAGCACAACAGGUAUAAGCUGUAGAAUGAGAAGAAACAAAGAAUUAAAAAUAGUUUUGUGUCAAAACAGUAUAGGAGUGCCACUGUCAUACCACUAACUGCUCUAGAGUUGGUAGCUGACCUUUGA